AUGGACGGGGCCGUGAUGGAAGGGCCGCUGUUUUUGCAGAGUCAGCGUUUCGGGACCAAGAGAUGGAGGAAGACCUGGGCUGUUCUCUACCCGGCCAGUCCCCACGGUGUCGCGCGGCUCGAGUUCUUUGACCACAAGGGGUCGAGCUCUGGAGGUGGCCGAGGGAGCUCGCGCCGCCUGGACUGCAAGGUGAUCCGGCUGGCAGAGUGUGUGAGCGUGGCCCCCGUGGCGGUGGAGAGCCCCCCUGAGCCUGGCGCCGCAGCUUUUCGCCUGGACACCGCACAGCGAUCCCACUUGCUGGCGGCCGACGCGCCGUCCAGUGCAGCCUGGGUGCAAACGCUGUGCCAAAACGCCUUUCCGAAAGGCAGCUGGGCCCUGGCACCUGCCGAGAACCCACCCAAGCUUUCUGCCCUGGAGAUGCUGGAGAACUCGCUGUAUAGCCCCUCCUGGGAAGGAUCCCAGUUCUGGGUGACGGUGCAGAAGACUGAGGCCGCUGAGCGCUGUGGCCUGCACGGCUCCUACGUGCUGAGAGUGGAGGCGGACAAGCUGACUCUUCUGGCCGCGGGGGCCCAGAGUCAGAUAUUGGAGCCACUCCUUUCCUGGCCCUACACUCUGUUGCGUCGCUAUGGCCGUGACAAGGUCAUGUUCUCUUUUGAGGCUGGCCGCCGCUGUCCCUCCGGCCCUGGAACCUUCACCUUUCACACGGCACAGGGAAAUGACAUCUUUCAGGCAGUCGAGACUGCUAUCCACCGACAGAAGACUCAGGGGAAGGCUGGCCAGGGGCAGGAUGUUCUCAGAGCUGAUUCCCAUGAAGGAGAAGUGGCAGACGGGAAGCUGGCUUCCCCCGCGGCCCCCCUGGAGCUCCCAGGCAGCCCUCCAGCCCUGUAUGCGGAACCCUUAGACUCCCUGCGCGUUCCUCCAGGCCUGGGCCAAGAUUCCCUAUACUCAGACCCCGUGGACAGCACCCCUGCGCACACAGGCGAGGGGACACAGUUAAAGAAAGCUCUCUACUGGGACUUGUGUGAGCAUGUGCAGCAAAAGCUGAUAAAGGCCAAGUUGACAGACCCUAAAGAAGACCCCAUUUAUGAUGAACCUGAGGGCCUGGCCCCAGCCACUCUCCGGGGGCUUUAUGAUCUGCCUCAGGAGCCCAAGGAUGCAUGGUGGUGCCAGGCUCGGGUGAAGGAGGAGGGCUAUGAGCUCCCCUACAACCCUGCCACUGAUGACUAUGCUGUGCCACCCCCUCGGAGCACAAAGCCCUUCCCAGCUCCCAAGCCCCAGGGCCGGGCCUUACCUGAAUCUGGUGCUGCAACUGGUGGUGGCAGCCAAGGCCAUAGCUCAGACACUGCCCUGUACAGCCAGGUCCAGAAAAGCGGGGCCUCGGGGAGCUGGGACUGUGGGCUUCCUGGAGUAGGGACUGACAGGACUGGGGCCAAGUCAGAGGGUUCCACGUGA